AUGCACUAUUUCGGACAACGUAAACAGAGCCCACGCCGUGAAAUAUCGGUGGACAAACUUCCUUCCCCAGGUUCCAAUGGCCUUGUUGCUCAGCUGGAGGCGAAAGCAGAAGAAGAGACAACGGCGCCAGAAGUCAGCGAGAAUGGCGAUGAAGACGAGGAGAGUGACGAAGACGACAUUGAGAUCAUAACAGAACCUCGUCCCCUAUCAAUCGACUUUCGGCAAAACCGUCCAGCUACGGUCCGCCAGGGCAGUACAGGACACGUUUCCACUCCGACGAAACCGCAAGGGCCGUCGCUCACCACUGAAUACACACCUCGAGAACGAGGCGCGGUUGCCCCCAAAACCUCUACCCCUCAACCCUCUCCAUCCAAGCCUGCCGCCCCGGGGCUUGCUGCCGGGGCGCAAACGGUGGAUAUAGCGCCAAGUGCGGAAGAUUCGAAACCUGAGAACGAGGGUCCUGACCCGUCCACACUCCCACCCGUCACUGCGCCGGCUUCGCAUCCAAAGAUAGACCCUACCGCAACGGGUACUAUUGAUGGGCGAUCGGUGUACGAGGUCGAUCUUAGCAACCUUGCCGACAAACCAUGGAGAAGACCAGGCUCGGAUAUCUCGGACUGGUUCAACUAUGGUUUUGACGAGAUUUCGUGGGAGGCGUACUGCUUCAGACGACGGGAGCUGGGAGAUCUUGCAACAGUCCUCAAAACGAACGUCAUCAACUUUGCCGGCAUGCCCGAAGAACAGCUCAUCGCGCUUCCACCUGAAAUCCGACAAAUGGUGAUGGCCAGCGCGAACACCCUCAUGUCCGGUGGGGGCAAUCCUGGUAUGAUUCCUAUGAUGGACAUGUCGCAGAUGCAACAAAUGGGCAUGAUGGGCAUGAAUGGCAUGGAUGGUAAUAUGAUGGGACAGGGCGGCCCAGGUAUGCCUAUGGGCCAGGCAGGCAUGAUGCAGGAUGGCUCUGGCCCGAAUGACGGAAGCAUGAUGAAUAUGCAGGACGGCUUCGGGCCAGGGGGCGGAGCGAAUAUGAUGAACAUGGGCAUGGGGGAUGGCUAUGCGAUGCAGGAUCCUGCCGUCAUGCAACAGGGUAUGCAACAGGGUAUGCAACAGGGUAUGCAACAGGGUAUGAAUCAAGGCAUGAACCAGGGCAUGAACCAAGGGAUGUAUACUGGCAUGGAAGGCAGUCCAGCACCUAUACCGACACCUAUUCCGGGGGGCCGUGGAGCGCCCUUCCGAGCACGCGGCCAAAAUCUGGGCAGCAUGCGUGGCAACCGCGGUGGAUACAUGGGACGUGGACGAGGCGGUCCCCCACUUCCUGCGCGAUCUACUUCACCAUUGCCUCCCAAUGUGCCCACAGGACCUCGAAAUCAAAAUAAAUAUAAGGACCGGGAUAACAAUGGUCCUGCUGUAGAGGGACUGGACUACGGUGGUGGAAAGGAUUUGGGCGACAGAGACGACGACCGGACGGGUGGCAGGAAGCGACGAGGGUCGCCUGAUUAUGGCGAUGAUUCGCGAGGCUCGAAGCGUCGCUGAUCGCGCUUUGAUACUAUCUUAGCUGUGUCUUUAUUCGAGGUGUUAUAUUACGUGCUCAGCCUUGCUCAGC